UCUCUUUUGCUCAGAAGUGUGAUGUCAGUCGUCUGUCUGGCACAGAUGUGUGUUGAUGUGCUUCCAGCUGUUUGUGAGGAAUCAUGAUGUCUGGACCUAUGGUCUGGACUGGAGGAUCCUCCCUACAUCCUGUGAGAUCAUCACACUUUUAAUUAGACUGGAUCUGCCAAUUAAAGGAAACUCAGUCGGUCUCUCUGAACCUUUUAAAAGCAGCCACACAGAGUCCAAACUCCAGCAGCAGACAGACAGAGGCUCAAACAAGUUUCAGAUUCAUGUGAAGAUGCCUUCCACUGUACUUUGUGCUGUUAUUUUGCUGGCCUGUGCCUUGACAUUUAGUGCUGCUCAGACGAGCUGCAGAGGACGAUGUGGUGCUGAGUACUACAGGGGUUACAUGUGCCAGUGCGACUAUAGCUGCCUGUCUUAUGGAGAGUGCUGCAAAGACUAUGAAUCUCAGUGCACCACAAAAAACUCCUGUAAAGGUCGAUGUGGAGAAACUUUCAAGAGAGGCCGGCUGUGUAGCUGCGACUCUGACUGCCUAAAGUACAAGCAGUGUUGUCCAGAUUACAAGAUGCACUGCGAUGCAGAGGAACCAGCUCUGAAUGAAGAAACAGAGCAGACUUCCACAUUCAGCGAGGGAAACAAUGCAGAUGACCAUUUAAAUCCACUGGUCAGUCCAACCUCAUAUCCACCAGAUAAUCCCAGUGAUGAUAUAUAUGGUCAGAUCCUUCCAAAUGACAACUUUUCCAACAAUGGACCAGAGGAUCCAGGGGCAAGUCCAAACCCUGAAGGCACCAGUGGCUACGGAUCGUCUACAGGCGACCUCCUGGAUCAGGUUUCUACUAAACCCACCCUAGUUCCAGACACUCUGGAUUUCACUACAGAGACAAUUACAGUCUUCUCCCAGACAGAAGCGAGUCCCUCAGAUAACGAACCAACACCGGCUGACGACAGCACCAUCACCCUUUAUGUGGCCAGUGGAGAAGCCCCCACUGAGAGCACAGAUACCAGUGAUCCUAUCAGCUCAGACAACCCAGGAACAAUUCUCCCUCAGCCUAUAACAGCAGUUGAUGAUGUCUCCAGCCAGCCCAACCCUACAUCAGCAUCCCAAACGGAGGUUUCCCCUACAGCCAGCACCCCAGAGCUGGGGACAGAAGUACAACCCAAGGAUAACUUUGUUCCUGAUGCUCAACAACCUGAAGCCUUUUCUGAUGAGCCAGAGGUUACAACCCUACCCCUCAGCACAGUGGCUUCAGUGUCGACAGGACACACACAGGACUACACAGUCCUGGAAAUGUCUCAGGUCACCACCACUGUCCCUGCCUCACCAACUUCAGACCCGACACCCAUCCCAGACACAACUACUUCAAACUCUGAAGCAGAUGAUACUGAGAAGAAACUGGAGGAUGCCACAGCAGGCCCGUCUGAGCUCGAUGCCCUGACGACCCACAUUCCCUCUUCCACAGUUGCAGAGCAGGGUGAUGUUACACCACAAGUAACCACAGCUGAGCCAGAGAAAGUCACCUCAGACCUGAUCAAACCUGAAUCUGAACCCACCUCCAAACCCCAGGACAAACCUGACCCGUACAAGCCAUCACCAACUAAACCAACUCCGGUUAAACCUGCCUCCAAACCCGAGACUAAACCUCUGGACCCUGUGCAAACGCUGAGUGUAGACGAUACAAGAGACUACCAAGGAGAUGACAGCAAUGAUACAAACCUGUGCAGUGGGCGGCCGAUCAGUGCGGUUACCACACUGAGGAACGGCACAAUGGUGGUUUUCAGAGGACACUACUUCUGGUUCCUGGACAGAAACAGGGUGCCAGGUCCAGCCCGAGGCAUCACACAAGUCUGGGGUGUCCCUUCCCCCAUUGACACUGUGUUCACCCGCUGCAACUGCCAGGGCAAAACAUACAUUUUCAAGGGAGCUCAGUACUGGAGAUUUGAAAAUGAUGUUUUGGACCCUGGCUAUCCUAAAGUCAUUGAAACUGGCUUUGAUGGGCUUCGGGGCCACAUCACAGCUGCUCUGUCUGUGCCUCAGUACCAGAGGAGGAGAGAGUCAGUGUACUUCUUCAAGAGAGGAGGAUUGGUCCAGAAAUAUUCAUACCAGUUUGGCACCGGUUCAACAUGUGGCAAGAAACCCCAGUUGGCCAUUUACACAGUCCGCAACCGGAUGGUUCGACAAGCAGUGUCUCUUCUAGGCUCAACAAUCAACAUCAGGACGUCCUGGAGAGGUUUCCCCUCCACCAUCACAGCUGCUGUGUCCAUCCCCAUCAACCGAGAACCAGAGGGAUACAAAUACUACGUCUUCUCAAGAUCCAAGUCCUACAACGUGAGGAUGGAUGGUGAACGUCCUGCCAUCGCUGAGCCUAAACCCAACGCGUCACCUCAAAGCAAUGACAUCUUCAAAUGCCCAAAGAAAGUCUGAUCGAAUAUAACAGCCAAUGUAUUCUAAUAGUUUUAAAGUUUAUUACAUUCUUCUUAAAACACACUGCUUCAGCAUGGACCGUGAUUACAAAAGGUACUUAAAAAGUACAUUAAAAACAAAAGCAAACCAAAAAACAACAGGCUUCAAAACAAGAGAACAUUUAUCAAGACUGAAUACAGAAUCUAAAUGCUCUGAUUGGGAAAAUGAGAAAUGUGUCUUUGAUGGGAAUGACGUCCAGUCAUGGUUGUCAAGUUUUCUGAUUAGUGCUUCAUCUGGCAAACCGUCUGCCGUGUACACCCCGAGAGGGAAAUGCCUGACCUGUUAAGAUAUAAAAAAUAGUUUGUUUUUUUUUUUUAAAAAAAGCCUGCUAUACUGAUGUAAAGAUUCUGUACGGUGGCUGUAUAAAAUCUGUGACAUAAUGGACAAACUGAAAGAAUGAUAGUGUUUAUUUUUAGCUACAUUAAAACUGGAUAAUAAUAAAUCAACGUGUAUGAAAUGUUUUGACUUGAAAUUAAAAUGAAACAAAUGCUUUACCAGGA